AUGGCAGCAACGGCGGCGGCGGCGGGGCCGGGCGUGGGCGGCGCGGGGGCGGCCAGCACGGGUGUCACGGGGCCCUGCGGGGCCGUGUCCGUGUUCCCCGGCGCCCGCCUCCUCACCAUCGGCGACGCGAACGGCGAGAUCCAGCGGCACGCGGAGCAGCAGGCGCUGCGCCUCGAGGUGCGCGCCGGCCCGGACGCGGCGGGCAUCGCCCUCUACAGCCAUGAAGACGUGUGUGUGUUCAAGUGCUCGGUGUCCCGGGAGACGGAGUGCAGCCGGGUGGGCAAGCAGUCCUUCAUCAUCACCCUGGGCUGCAACAGUGUCCUCCUCCAGUUCGCCACACCCAGCGAUUUCUGCUCCUUCUAUAACAUCCUGAAGACCUGCCGAGGCCACACCCUGGAGCGGUCGGUAUUCAGCGAGCGCACAGAGGAGUCUUCUGCUGUGCAGUAUUUCCAGUUUUAUGGCUACCUGUCCCAGCAGCAGAACAUGAUGCAGGACUACGUGCGGACGGGGACCUACCAGCGCGCCAUCCUGCAGAACCACGCAGACUUCAAGGACAAGAUCGUUCUUGACGUUGGCUGCGGCUCUGGGAUCCUGUCGUUUUUUGCUGCCCAGGCUGGAGCGAGAAAGAUCUACGCAGUGGAGGCCAGCACCAUGGCCCAGCACGCUGAGGUCUUGGUGAAAAGUAACAACCUCACCGACCGCAUCGUGGUCAUCCCUGGGAAGGUGGAGGAGGUCUCGCUGCCCGAGCAAGUGGACAUUAUCAUUUCGGAGCCCAUGGGCUACAUGCUCUUCAACGAGCGCAUGCUUGAGAGCUACCUCCACGCCAAGAAGUACCUGCGGCCUGGCGGAAACAUGUUCCCCACCAUUGGUGAUGUCCACCUGGCACCCUUCACGGACGAGCAGCUCUACAUGGAGCAGUUCACCAAGGCCAACUUCUGGUACCAGCCAUCCUUCCACGGAGUGGACCUGUCAGCCCUCCGAGGUGCUGCAGUGGACGAGUAUUUCCGGCAGCCUGUGGUGGACACAUUUGACAUCCGGAUCCUGAUGGCCAAGUCCGUCAAGUACACGGUGAACUUCUUAGAAGCCAAAGAAGGAGAUUUGCACAGGAUAGAAAUCCCAUUCAAGUUCCACAUGCUGCAUUCCGGGCUGGUUCACGGUCUGGCUUUCUGGUUUGAUGUCGCUUUCAUCGGCUCUAUAAUGACCGUGUGGCUGUCCACGGCCCCGACGGAGCCCCUGACCCACUGGUACCAAGUCCGGUGCCUGUUCCAGUCGCCACUGUUCGCCAAGGCUGGGGACACGCUCUCAGGGACAUGUCUGCUUAUUGCCAACAAAAGACAGAGCUACGACAUCAGUAUUGUGGCCCAGGUGGACCAGACAGGCUCCAAGUCCAGCAACCUCCUGGACCUGAAAAACCCAUUCUUCAGAUACACAGGCACGACACCCUCCCCGCCGCCUGGCUCCCACUACACUUCGCCCUCGGAGAACAUGUGGAAUGCCGGCAGCACCUACAACCUCAGCAGUGGGAUGGCUGUGGCCGGAAUGCCGACCGCCUACGACCUGAGCAGUGUUAUUGCCGGAGGCUCCAGUGUGGGCCACAACAACCUGAUUCCUCUAGCCAACACGGGGAUUGUCAAUCACACCCACUCCCGGAUGGGCUCCAUAAUGAGCACGGGGAUUGUCCAAGGGUCCUCCGGCGCCCAGGGCAGCAGCAGUGGCAGCUCCAGCGCCCACUAUGCGGUCAACAGCCAGUUCACCAUGGGCGGCCCCGCCAUCUCCAUGGCCUCACCCAUGUCCAUCCCGACCAACACCAUGCACUAUGGGAGCUAGGCCCCUGCGGCGCGGAACGGACUGACAGCACCAGGAAACCAAAUGAAGACCCUGCCCCCCCCAACCCCGGGCGGCUGUGACCCCUGACCUGGAGAGGCCCACACGCCCGGCCACAGCCUCUUUGCUACGGGAACUUGAACACUUUUUUUACACGACGUUGCCGCCGCCGCCGCCCCCACCCCACUGCCCACCCACAUCUUGGCCCCAAGCGCGUGUCGCUGCCAUAUUUUACACACGAUCAUGUCGUGGGAGCUCUGUGCCCACCGUCCCCCGACCCGGCUCUCUCCACCCUGACCUGGGUUUGACAUCAUCUUUAACAGGCGUGUCCGGGUCUGAUAGCUGCAGGCCUGGUGGCGAGGGAGGGGUCAGUGGCUGCCCUGCCUGGUCCCUCGGGGCCGGUCCCCUGCCUGUCUCUGGCAGGGAAGGUAGUCCUGGCCCCUUCCUGGAGGGGCCUCCCCUUCAACUACCAGGCCUUGGUCACCACAGGCGUGACAUGCUGCUUUUUUUAAUUUUAUUUUUUUAUGAAAAGAACCAGUGUCAAUCCACAGACCCUCUGAGAAAUCAGGCCGGCCGGGCCGAGCCAGCAGCCCCUCUCCCCAGCUCAGAGGCUCAGUGGUUAGGGGUGGUCCUACCGAGUCUUCAGGAUGGGGUGGGGCCGGGCCUCUGGAGCCCAGGGAGCCCCUCGGCCCCCUCCCACCAAAGGGUUCACCUCACACUUGAAUGUACAACCCACCCGGCUAUCGGGAAGGCCCUCCGUCCUCAGCCCCUGCCUCUUGCUGCUGUCCUGUCCCUGAGCCCCUGCAGGCCCCACCCCCACCUGCACCCAGAGCUAGAAAGGGUGGCCUGGGGGCCCUGGGCCUGGAGGGAAGGGUCAGUGUCAGCCGCUUGGGGCAGACGCAGAAACCUCAAGGGUCUGUCGUGGAAGGCGUCCUUUCUCCUUGUAGCUAAUGUUAGGCCUGUGAACCCCCUUCAGUAUUUGUAGAUGCUCCUCCCGUCCCUCCUACUCUGAUGGCAUUCUGGUCCCACCCCAGCCUGGGAAGGGGCCUUGCAGGGACCUCUCCAAAAAAAAAAGAAAAGGAAAAAAAUGAAAAUAAAAAAACCCAUAGAAAUAUAUGUUUCAGCACAGGCAGUUUUCUUCUAAUUCUGCUCCCCCGUUUCUAACAACCCCAGACUUGGAUGUGGUGGAGCUCAGGCUCAGCUCAAGGCCCGCUCUCUGGGCACCCCAGGAAGAGCAGGUGCAGCCCAGGCUGGGGUGGCCCCGGGGGGGCAAUGGCCGCCCUGGAAGCUCCCUGCUCUGCCCCUCUCCCGCCUUUAUAUAAAUUCUCUGAAUCACC